AUGCUAUUAGAAGACAACAUCUGGGCUUUUCUACCAUCACGAAUUAGUUGCACUCUGAAACAGGGAUGCGAAACGCAGCAACGACAGUCACUUGUUUCGCUGCUUGAAGGUUAUUGCCGGCUUGCACAGUUAUACUCAGCUGCAGUGUUCAAGUGUGACUUACAUGGUUAUCUUUUCGCGUUAUCAUCAACAAGUUCUCUGAGCAGACAGUUAACCCCAGGGAAUCGGUUUGCAAUUGUACUGACUCCUGCUGCUGGAACAGGAGCACGAGGUCUGAGAUUGCUGAGUUUGAAAGUGCCGCCCACAGCUGAUGUCUUUCAGCCGGUGACUCUGAUCUGUGAAUACGACCUGGAGAGUAGGAACCUGUACUCGGUCAAGUGGUACAAGGACGAGUGCGAGUUCUUCCGGUACACGCCUGACUACGAACCGCAGAGCCAGGCCUUCCCCACACCCGGCAUCACGCUCGACUUGCAGAAUUCUGACAUGAACAGAGUGACCUUGACCAACCUUCAGUUCAACACAAGCGGCAAUUAUAAAUGCGAGGUUUCUACAGAGGCACCGAAUUUUGAAACUGUGGCUCAGAGCUCCAACAUGACAGUUAUGGCGUUCCCGGCAGAGAAUCCUAUGAUUGAAGGCGUCCUGUCAGCUUAUGCUAUAGGUGAUUACGUCACUGCGAAUUGCACAUCAGGAAAAUCCAAUCCUCCAGCCGUCCUCGCCUGGCAAAUCAACGGCGUGAAGCUAGACACUUGGGUGUGGGAGUACCGUGAGGGAGCUGAUGAGACGGACUCACAAGGACUACAUACCAAGACAGUGGGGCUGCACUUCCAGAUCCAGAACGCGCACUUCACCAGCAACGGCGGAGGUGUCAUUCCCAGGAUGGAGAUCCAGUGUACCUCCACCGUGGGUGACAGAACCCGUCACAAGGCGGUGUUCUCCAGCCUCGCAAGGGCCCUCACAUCCAAUAAACUGGCGCAGGAGAGGUUCAGGAACUCUGCAGGUUUAUCGUUGAUGUCAUCACUGAACGUUAUUUUUGUGCUGAUUACGUCAUUCCAUAUGGUGUAUUCAUCCUGACGUUAGAAGUAAAGAAGGUGAGAAAUGAAAUCUGUGACAUUAUCAUCAUUCCCAGUCACAUCAAGAUAUUUACAUAAUCAGAAAAUUCCUUUUCAUGCCAAAUCAAAAACAAUAGAUACACAUUGGUGAACAUGGAUUGUGUUGUACUGGUUGAAGUGGACUGAUACUCAACAACAGAGACUCAGUGCUAGAAUUCUUGAAUUUGUGAAGUAUGUGUUCUAGGUGAAGAGCAAGAAUGUGUUGUGUGAUCUUAAAUCAAGUACUCAAGAUAAUGAAGUGAUAUUCGAUAAUAUGUAUCUAAAAUAUGCCCAUGAUGUAUUAUUGUAAAUAUGUGUUUUUUAUAGGAGGAAGGAGAUUCGUGAAUGAAAACAUGUUUGUUGCGUGAAAUUAACAACCUCUUGAAUCAGCUCAUAGUAAUGUUGGAUUGUCGCAUAAGGUCAGUGAUAAUAUAUGUAAUUGUUUUAGUUCGGCCUGCUAUGUUAGUUGUAGGCUUAAAAUUUAUUUCAUGUCUCAGAAAAUCAUAAUGUGAAGAGCGUCGUCUUUGUAAAAGGGAUUUGUUCUAAAAUUUGAGCACAGUAGUUUUAGAUAUUAAGAUGUAACACAUAACUGUUUAGUAUACAUGUUGAAGUUCAAAACGUCUUUGAAUUUAUAAGAAAUGUCGUGAAAUGUUUCAUUUUAUUCUCUGUUAUUGUUAAUGUUUAAUUUUAAAAUUUGUGUGUGAAAAAAAUAUUGGGAUAUUAAGAAGAAAAUUAUUCACUUUGAAAUCAGUGUUACAGGUGGCUUCAUUGUUUCUGUUGAGUAAAAUUCAGACACGUUAUCCUACUUAAAAUAUUUCCGUAGCUUUUAAAGAGACGUACUUUUAUAAAUAACCCGCUGAUCAAUAUCUUCUGUAAUUUUGAACAUCGUAAUGUAAUUCAGAGUACAAGCUGGCGAGCUGCAAGUGAAGGGUAUGUCGCUGCGAAGUAUUUAAUUAAUUUAUAUUUUAAAAAUAUUAAUUUAUCUUAAUAUUAGUCAUGUAAUGUCGCUAAGUCAUGUAUGUGAAGCAGCACAUGUUACAGCACUUCCAUAAACACUGCAUGCAAUCUGAAAUGUAUCAAUGUCACAGUUAUUUAUUUCUAUUUUAGUUCCCUACUUACAUGUACUCCAAAUGUAUUCGGAUUUUAACAUUUUCUGCUGGCAGAGAUCUGAAUAAUAAUAAUAAUAAUUCAUGUAUGAAAUUUCUUGACAAUAGCUGAAAGCCAAUCACAGGCAAUCACUGAAUAAGGAAAAAUAUUUCAACACAGACAACAGUAGACGUGCACAAAGAGAAUGGAAAAUACACAAAGAACAAAUGAUGGAAACUGAGUAACAUAAGUGGUAUUGGUGUCAGCAAGAACCAUAAAUAUCUUACAGGUGUUGUGGGUGUAAAGAUGUCGUUUAAAAGAAUGUACUUUCUAAAACACUCGGUAUAUCUGCAGACUGCAUUUUCCUCAGAAAUGCAUCCGCUUGAAAGCUAACUUUUGCGUAACGGCUUACAUCAGAAUUUGAAAAGUCUCUGAUGGGUCCAAUGGGUACGUGCAAACCAGUACUAUCAAUAAUGAUUGAACAACGAAAUCUUUUCUCAAAUAAAAUAAUAAGAAAUAGCCACCUGGAUCCAAGCGUUGAAAGAUUUAAUCAGAUUAAUGUGUCAUAAUAAUAACAUAAAUAAGUGUAGAUAUUUCCACUGUUCAUAUCUCUGAAAGAAUUACUGUACAUAUGUCAUUACGUAACCUUGCCUUGUUUGUGACUUUAAGCUCUAAGAUUUAACUACCAAUUCGGAUCUUCACGCCACUCAGCCGACCUAAUAACUUCAUAGAAGGCGUUUUAAUUUAGAGUCCUGAGCAAUAAUAAUCAUAAACAUAUCAACGUUAAGACACCUACAUACACGUACUUCCAUUUGACAACUAGCCCGAACCUUUGUCAUUGGAACUGGAAUAUCUUUUCCGUUCAGUACGUCACUUCCGCCGGGCCAAACGGGGAGACACUGUCCCAUUACGUCAUAAAAUUAAAAUGGUUUUUAAGUUCAUAAGAGUGAGCGCCUGUUCAAAUUUGUGUUUAAAGAGUUUUCCUAGGCAUCAAAGAGUCCAAGAGAAUUAUUUAUAAUUGUAUCAUUCACUUUGUAACUGCAAAUUUGCUUAUUAAAUUUCGCCUGAGUUUUGCAA